GCACAACCGCCAUUUUCAAAAUGGCGACAGUAAACGAGCUCAAAAGUGGUACGUUUUAGUCAGGAUCUCAUUCCAUGUAACUUACUUAGUUAUCAGAUAACGGCAUAUGUCUUGAUAUAUCUAUUAUUUCUUUCAGUGUUAAAAGAAACAUUGGAAAAUAGAGGUGUACUUGGUCAAAUUCGAGCUCGAGUUCGUGCUGAGGUGUUUAGCGCCCUUGACGAUCAAGUUAGUUGACCUGGAAGCUAAGCUUACGUGCUUCUGUGUUCAUUUUCACUGUUCUAUAUCUUUAGCUGCUCUCAAACUGUUCAUAGAUGAAGACAUACAACUUUGCAUGUGUUCAUGUUUAUAAUUCAUUUUGAACUGAUGCUUGUUUGCGGGUUAACGUUUUCAUAUAUGCCACAGCUGUACAUGUUUACCUGCACUUGUCCUACACAGUAUUUUUGUUGGGGAACCAUAACGAUAUACAAUUUUCUCUUCGAGUAUUGCCACUAAACAUAAAAAUACUAUUGCAGUAUUGGCUUUGCGUACACUCACAAGAUCUGAUAGAGGGAUUUAUCUUGAACGCUUAUCGAUGACCAGUGCUGAAGUUCACGUAUACUUUUGUGUGAAUAUCGUUACGUUGUCGAUUGACCGAUGCCUUUUAACCAACUGUAAUCGUUUGCUAUCGAUUGAUCGAUUGAUUUCUGAUCAUUGAAUAAUUUUCAUCGAUUGUUCAGGUCCUGCAAUACGCUUAUUCAACUAUAUUUUUUCAUAACGGAACGAAACAUAGCGAUAGCUUACAUUAAGUUCAGUAGGGGUUAAAAAACUACUUUGAACUUUCAAUUGUUGAUUUUCAGACUGAACCAAGACCUGCCCUAUCCAAUGAGAACCUGUUGAUCAAUGAACUGAUAAGGGAAUACUUGACUUUCAACAAAUACAAAUACACAGAGUCAGUGCUCCAAGCAGGUAUUGUACAUUGCCCUGCUUUAUGUAGCAAGAAGCAACUAAAGUAGAAGUAUUGAUACUCCACCUGGAUGAGAUACCAACCCAUUACUAUGCCUCCACCUCCCUCCAGCAUUUCAGUAGGCUGCCCCGACAGUUUUGCCAAAGAACACAACACAAUGACUUGUUUAGGUCUCAAAUGCAAACUUCCUGACCAAAGUCAUGAAUGCACUAACUGUAAGGCCACCACAUCUGAUAUCCUAUGUAAAUCUGUUAUAUUAGCUUUAUAUUUCAACCUGAGCUGUGUUCCAGUAACAAGCCACUAUAUUUUUCUAAUAUUUUGCUGUCUUGAUGAAUAACAGAAUCAGGUCAACCCAAAGAGCCCAUGGACAGAAGAUUUCUAGUACAAGAACUAAACAUUAAGGAGGAGGAGGAGUCACCAACCAUGUAAUUAAUGAACAUUUCACAGUUUUAAUCAAUUUAUUUACAUUUUGACCUGGAGGAUUCAAGCAAAGAAAUGAUCCUUUUAAGGCAGCUGCAAUUAGGUAAAGGAUUACAGAAUUUAACAUGAUUGUUUGAUCAUUUACCACAUGAUGAAUGUAUAUGUUGUGAUUCUAUUUUAUCCUUGGUUCAAAUUUUUUUCCUUUGUUUCAAACUCAUUAUCAUAUAUUACAAUACCCAAAAACAAAAGAAAACAUAACUCGAACCAAGGAUAAAAUUGAACCACAACAUAUACGAUAAAUAUAAUUAUGUUUACUGUUCCUAAUCAGUGAGUCAUACAUCCAUGUUAUUUAAAUGCAGUUUAAAGGAUUUACCUCAUCUAUGUAUUCUAUUAUUACAGAAGCAGGAGUACUAUACCAUACAGAGAUUAUUUUGAUUUGGGAACCUUAAAAAUUCUUUUGAUUGUUCUAAUCCGACUUAAUGAUCAUCAGGAAGAUGUACAGCUGAUAAAUACAUGUUUACUCUUAGGCCACUCUUGUAUGGGAUUUUAGCUCAUUUUCUUCAAGGAAGCCAUAAUGAAGGGAGACAAUUUACAGGUGCAAGACAAGAGCCCAUGUUGAGAUCUCAUACAAGAGGUUUGUUUGUAAGAUCAAAAUUUGGAAAUUUAUCAGUAAAUUCAAACAAAAGUCUAACUACUUGUACACUGUGGAAAAAUAUAGAGGCUUUUUCAAGGUAAACAAUUUUUCCCAGGAUGCUCUCCAUACUCUUCCCACAUUUGAAGGGAAAAACACCCUGGAAGCUCAAGGUUUUUCAAAAACUGCGAUUGUGUCUUAAUUACAUGAACAUAAAAAGAGUGCUGCAAGACAACAUUUCCCAAGUAAAGUCUUGAUAUAGGAAGAUGUUGAUCUGUGAUGCUUACCUUUUUACAUGACUACCAAAAAAAGAAGUUUAUAAGUUGUAAUGAGACUGAAGGGUGCACAAAAAAGAAGCUAGGGAGGGAAUGGUCAUCAAAUAAUGACUGCAGCUGAGCUUGGAACAGAACAGAUGAGACCAAGAAGGAAACUUAACUCAACAGAAAGUGAAAAGAUAAAUAGGAGAUGAAGGGGCAAAUUGCCACUGAUAACUGUUUUGUCCAAGUUAAAACCACCAGUUUCUCAAUAUUCUCAAAACAGAAUCUUGAGUACUUGAACAUCUUUGCCAAUUUUUCUUUCAAGGCAUUGAGCCAAAUGAAACUAUGCAUUUGCCUCUUGUAUUAACAUAUGGUCUUUUUAUGUCACUGUUUUGCUUUUAAUUCAUUAUUUUGAAUAGAUCAGCGAUCAAGAAGAAAUGCGGAAGGCUCAGGUCUUUUGGGAGGUAGAGGUAAAGAAUAUGAUUUCUCUUUUUUAAAAAAGUGAAAUUUCCUUGUAUGGAACACUACAAUCUUCAAGUCAUGUGAAGUGGCAUCAUUUUGGUUUAGUCACACCUGCAUUUCAGGAGUUGUUGUCAAAUAAGCCUUGGCCUAACUCAUUCCAGUUAUGAGGGUCAGUGGGCUCACAGACUACUCCUGAGUUCACAUGAUAUUUUAUCAAUAGUAGUUGCAGUUUAACAGCAUUACCUGAUAUCUUGGCCAAAGAUGUCAUCCUCAAAAUCAGUAAGGAUGUUAUUCAUUGAGGAAGAAAUUCAGUUGCCUUCACCCCUGGUAACUUAAUUCAUGAACUUACUUAAUAGAUAUCCACUGCUCAAUUUCAAGUGUUCAUCAAAAAAAAUUAUUGUUG